AGCGACUGACCGUGGCUAUGGAAAGCACCGAGGAGACGCUGCAGGAGACGUCCGCCAAGCUUGCCGACACCGAGGAGACGCUGCAGCAGACGUCCGCCAAGCUUGCCGACACCGAGGAGACGCUGCAGGAGACGUCCGCCAAGCUCGCUGACACCGAGGAGACGCUGCAGCAGACGUCCGCCAAGCUCGCCGACACCGAGGAGACGCUGCAGGAGACGUCCGCCAAGCUCGCCGACACCGAGGAGACGCUGCAGGAGACGUCCGCCAAGCUCGCCGACACCGAGGAGACGCUGCAGGAGACGUCCGCCAAGCUCGCCGACACCGAGGAGACACUGCAGGAGACGUCCGCCAAGCUCGCCGACACCGAGGAGACACUGCAGGAGACGUCCGCCAAGCUCGCCGACACCGAGGAGACGCUGCAGGAGACGUCCGCCAAGCUCGCCGACACCGAGGAGACACUGCAGCAGACGUCCGCCAAGCUCGCCGACACCGAGGAGACACUGCAGGAGACGUCCGCCAAGCUCGCCGACACCGAGGAGACGCUGCAGGAGACGUCCGCCAAGCUCGCCGACACCGAGGAGACGCUGCAGGAGACGUCCGCCAAGCUCGCCGACACCGAGGAGACGCUGCAGCAGACGUCCGCCAAGCUCGCUGACACCGAGGAGACGCUGCAGGAGACGUCCGCCAAGCUCGCCGACACCGAGGAGACACUGCAGGAGACGUCCGCCAAGCUCGCCGACACCGAGGAGACGCUGCAGGAGACGUCCGCCAAGCUCGCCGACACCGAGGAGACGCUGCAGGAGACGUCCGCCAAGCUUGCCGACACCGAGGAGACGCUGCAGGAGACGUCCGCUAAGCUUGCCGACACCGAGGAGACACUGCAGGAGACGUCCGCCAAGCUCGCCGACACCGAGGAGACGCUGCAGGAGACGUCCGCCAAGCUUGCCGACACCGAGGAGACGCUGCAGGAGACGUCCGCCAAGCUCGCCGACACCGAGGAGACGCUGCAGGAGACGUCCGCCAAGCUCGCCGACACCGAGGAGACGCUGCAGGAGACGUCCGCCAAGCUCGCCGACACCGAGGAGACGCUGCAGGAGACGUCCGCCAAGCUCGCCGACACCGAGGAGACGCUGCAGCAGACGUCCGCCAAGCUCGCCGACACCGAGGAGACGCUGCAGGAGACGUCCGCCAAGCUCGCCGACACCGAGGAGACACUGCAGCAGACGUCCGCCAAGCUCGCCGACACCGAGGAGACGCUGCAGGAGACGUCCGCCAAGCUCGCCGACACCGAGGAGACGCUGCAGGAGACGUCCGCCAAGCUCGCCGACACCGAGGAGACGCUGCAGCAGACGUCCGCCAAGCUCGCCGACACCGAGGAGACGCUGCAGGAGACGUCCGCCAAGCUCGCCGACACCGAGGAGACGCUGCAGCAGACGUCCGCCAAGCUCGCCGACACCGAGGAGACGCUGCAGGAGACGUCCGCCAAGCUCGCCGACACCGAGGAGACGCUGCAGGAGACGUCCGCCAAGCUCGCUGACACCGAGGAGACGCUGCAGGAGACGUCCGCCAAGCUCGCCGACACCGAGGAGACGCUGCAGGAGACGUCCGCCAAGCUCGCCGACACCGAGGAGACGCUGCAGCAGACGUCCGCCAAGCUCGCCGACACCGAGGAGACGCUGCAGGAGACGUCCGCCAAGCUCGCUGACACCGAGGAGACGCUGCAGGAGACGUCCGCCAAGCUCGCUGACACCGAGGAGACGCUGCAGCAGACGUCCGCCAAGCUCGCCGACACCGAGGAGACGCUGCAGGAGACGUCCGCCAAGCUCGCCGACACCGAGGAGACGCUGCAGCAGACGUCCGCCAAGCUCGCUGACACCGAGGAGACGCUGCAGGAGACGUCCGCCAAGCUCGCUGACACCGAGGAGACACUGCAGGAGACGUCCGCCAAGCUCGCCGACACCGAGGAGACACUGCAGGAGACGUCCGCCAAGCUCGCUGACACCGAGGAGACGCUGCAGGAGACGUCCGCCAAGCUCGCCGACACCGAGGAGACACUGCAGGAGACGUCCGCCAAGCUCGCUGACACCGAGGAGACGCUGCAGGAGACGUCCGCCAAGCUCGCCGACACCGAGGAGACACUGCAGGAGACGUCCGCCAAGCUCGCUGACACCGAGGAGACGCUGCAGCAGACGUCCGCCAAGCUCGCUGACACCGAGGAGACGCUGCAGCAGACGUCCGCCAAGCUCGCUGACACCGAGGAGACGCUGCAGGAGACGUCCGCCAAGCUCGCCGACACCGAGGAGACACUGCAGGAGACGUCCGCCAAGCUCGCCGACACCGAGGAGACGCUGCAGCAGACGUCCGCCAAGCUCGCUGACACCGAGGAGACGCUGCAGGAGACGUCCGCCAAGCUCGCUGACACCGAGGAGACGCUGCAGCAGACGUCCGCCAAGCUCGCCGACACCGAGGAGACGCUGCAGGAGACGUCCGCCAAGCUCGCCGACACCGAGGAGACGCUGCAGGAGACGUCCGCCAAGCUCGCCGACACCGAGGAGACACUGCAGGAGACGUCCGCCAAGCUUGCCGACACCGAGGAGACGCUGCAGGAGACGUCCGCCAAGCUCGCCGACACCGAGGAGACGCUGCAGGAGACGUCCGCCAAGCUCGCCGACACCGAGGAGACGCUGCAGCAGACGUCCGCCAAGCUUGCCGACACCGAGGAGACGCUGCAGGAGACGUCCGCCAAGCUCGCUGACACCGAGGAGACGCUGCAGGAGACGUCCGCCAAGCUCGCCGACACCGAGGAGACGCUGCAGGAGACGUCCGCCAAGCUCGCUGACACCGAGGAGACACUGCAGGAGACGUCCGCCAAGCUCGCCGACACCGAGGAGACGCUGCAGCAGACGUCCGCCAAGCUCGCCGACACCGAGGAGACACUGCAGGAGACGUCCGCCAAGCUCGCUGACACCGAGGAGACGCUGCAGCAGACGUCCGCCAAGCUUGCCGACACCGAGGAGACGCUGCAGGAGACGUCCGCCAAGCUCGCUGACACCGAGGAGACGCUGCAGCAGACGUCCGCCAAGCUCGCCGACACCGAGGAGACGCUGCAGGAGACGUCCGCCAAGCUCGCCGACACCGAGGAGACGCUGCAGCAGACGUCCGCCAAGCUCGCCGACACCGAGGAGACGCUGCAGGAGACGUCCGCCAAGCUCGCCGACACCGAGGAGACGCUGCAGGAGACGUCCGCCAAGCUCGCUGACACCGAGGAGACGCUGCAGGAGACGUCCGCCAAGCUCGCCGACACCGAGGAGACGCUGCAGCAGACGUCCGCCAAGCUCGCCGACACCGAGGAGACGCUGCAGGAGACGUCCGCCAAGCUCGCCGACACCGAGGAGACGCUGCAGCAGACGUCCGCCAAGCUCGCCGACACCGAGGAGACGCUGCAGGAGACGUCCGCCAAGCUCGCCGACACCGAGGAGACGCUGCAGGAGACGUCCGCCAAGCUCGCCGACACCGAGGAGACGCUGCAGCAGACGUCCGCCAAGCUCGCCGACACCGAGGAGACGCUGCAGGAGACGUCCGCCAAGCUCGCCGACACCGAGGAGACGCUGCAGCAGACGUCCGCCAAGCUCGCCGACACCGAGGAGACGCUGCAGCAGACGUCCGCCAAGCUCGCCGACACCGAGGAGACGCUGCAGGAGACGUCCGCCAAGCUCGCCGACACCGAGGAGACGCUGCAGGAGACGUCCGCCAAGCUCGCUGACACCGAGGAGACGCUGCAGCAGACGUCCGCCAAGCUUGCCGACACCGAGGAGACGCUGCAGCAGACGUCCGCCAAGCUCGCCGACACCGAGGAGACGCUGCAGGAGACGUCCGCCAAGCUCGCCGACACCGAGGAGACGCUGCAGGAGACGUCCGCCAAGCUCGCCGACACCGAGGAGACGCUGCAGCAGACGUCCGCCAAGCUCGCCGACACCGAGGAGACACUGCAGGAGACGUCCGCCAAGCUCGCCGACACCGAGGAGACGCUGCAGGAGACGUCCGCCAAGCUCGCCGACACCGAGGAGACACUGCAGGAGACGUCCGCCAAGCUCGCCGACACCGAGGAGACGCUGCAGGAGACGUCCGCCAAGCUUGCCGACACCGAGGAGACGCUGCAGGAGACGUCCGCCAAGCUCGCCGACACCGAGGAGACACUGCAGGAGACGUCCGCCAAGCUCGCCGACACCGAGGAGACGCUGCAGGAGACGUCCGCCAAGCUCGCCGACACCGAGGAGACACUGCAGGAGACGUCCGCCAAGCUCGCCGACACCGAGGAGACGCUGCAGGAGACGUCCGCCAAGCUCGCCGACACCGAGGAGACGCUGCAGCAGACGUCCGCCAAGCUUGCCGACACCGAGGAGACGCUGCAGCAGACGUCCGCCAAGCUCGCCGACACCGAGGAGACGCUGCAGGAGACGUCCGCCAAGCUCGCCGACACCGAGGAGACACUGCAGGAGACGUCCGCCAAGCUCGCCGACACCGAGGAGACACUGCAGGAGACGUCCGCCAAGCUUGCCGACACCGAGGAGACGCUGCAGGAGACGUCCGCCAAGCUCGCCGACACCGAGGAGACACUCUCUGCAGAGAUUGCGUUCUUGGCGGAGCAGCUCGGUGUGGCGCACACAUUGGGCGAGCAGCAGGGUGCGUACAUUAAUCAGCUGAUGGCGUACGUGAGCGCAGCAUACGGCGUUACUCUGGAUGGGAUGACGGAGGUGCAGGCGACGGCGCUAGCGGAUAUGGUGAGGCAGUGUGACUACGUAGUUCGCUCUGUGGCGCAGGCCGCCAGCGACGAGGUGGAGCACAUAAAGGAGAUGUACAAUAUGGUUGACGGCAACUACAAGGAGACGGCGGCGCGCUUCGAUAUACUGCGCCGAAUUCUGGGAAAGAUCGAUCAGGAUGUCAAGGAGGCGAGCGUGGAGAUCGACGUCCCGGAGCGGCGGCUGACCGGCUCUUUGCACCCGACGCCGCGGCGCUUGGGUGAUGUGUCGAACCGCGAGAACAGCAUGGAGAGCAAGACGCGCUCCACAUCUCGGCUGUCGGCAAGGCCACUUUAG